CGGAGACGACAACGAAAACUGUAGCGCUUGGGCGGUAAGAUCGAUUUGUGCAACUCUUCCGUUUUAUCUAUCAAUCGAAUCGAGAGGCGACUUUUGAAUUUACURUACGUUACUUUGUUUCUGAUUAGCUUCAAUAUGUGAAACGAUUAUUUCGCGACGCCACAGGAUCUUGGAGAAUGUGACAAAAAUCCAAGGUAUAUGCUCGAGAAGUGUCGGAAAUCGUGCGGUGUGUGUCACGGCACGGUGACGAGCACCGAAAAGACUCAAACAAAAGAUUUUGUCGAUUUAAUUCAGCGCACUGCCAAUUUUGGAGUCACUCAAACUGCAAGCGGUGCACAAAAAAUGACAACCCUGGAUCAUAUGGAAAAGAUGAUGAAUUACUUGGGAAGCGAUGACUACAAGUCGCUACCGUCACAAAUCAAGAUGCACUGCAAAAACCAGGUAUGACAUUGUUUGAAAUCACGAAACAGGUUCCGAGCAAAGCAGACUUCCCUAACAUGUUCUGUUUACUUUUACUUUUUAGAAUGAAUUAUGUUCGUUUUGGGCUGGAAUUGGAGAAUGUGAAAACAAUAAAUCAUUCAUGAAGGUACAAUGUGCGCCAGGUAGGUCGAAAAUGCAUUCCAUUUAUUUAGUGUCAGCGUCAAAAUGAUAAACUGUUAGCUUACAAGUGUCUUUCUGCAAAAGCUUGCCAAAGUUGCCACCUGAUUGACAUUGCCAAUCGUUGCCCAAACCUUCCAGAUGCCAUUCCAGGCCUGAAAGAGGGAGAUUUGAACAAAAUGUUUGAAAGAAUAGUCGAGGAAGCUCCCGGAAAUAGGACGCUGACAGAUCAAGAUCGAGAGAAACUAGCAUUGUUAGAGGUACCUGAAUAUUAUGUAACGGUGCUUUCUAGACCAAGUGAAGUACCUGCGACCGAAGCAAAUAUUAUAUCGGAUAGAAAGCUCCCUCCAUGGGUUAUAACGCUUGAUAAUUUUUUGACCGAUGAAGAGUGCGAUUCAUUGAUCCAGCAUGGAUAUGAAGCAGGCUAUAAGAGAUCCCAAGAUGUUGGCAAACAAAAAUUCGAUGGAAUGCUUGAAAGUAAAUUAAGCGAAGGAAGAACUUCCGAAAAUGCUUGGUGUACUACAAGAAAUGGCUGCAGGCAUGCAACUGUACCAAAACGAGUCCUGGAUCGAUUGGCAAAUGUGGUUGGAAUUCCUCCUGAAAAUAGCGAAGACCUUCAGAUACUAAAGUAUGAAAAAGGACAGUGUGAGUCGUAAUGAAAAUUGACUCUCUCAGCAGCAAUGAUUACUUCUCGUAAACUAACGUUUCCUCCUUGUGACUUUCUGAUUCGUCUAUGUUGCAAACGGAAAAAGUUUACAAUGUAAGUUUAAAUGCUCGCGUUCAAGAGACGUCAUGCAUUGCUCUUUUGAUCCGUUCAAUUUCUAACACAUUAUGUUCAACACUUUGAUGAUUCUUAGACUCACCAUGAUUAUAUACCUUAUCAAAAAAUGAGGCAGUGUGGUCCUAGAAUCCUAACUUUUUUCUUAUACCUUUCGGAUGUUGAAGCUGGAGGAGGCACAGAUUUCCCGAAAUUGGGAAUCACCGUAAUGCCCAAGAAAGGACGAGCACUUCUUUGGCCAAGUGUUUAUAAUGCGGAGCCUAUGAAUGAAGACAGGCGUAUGAAGCACCAGGCAUUACCUGUUGUUGCUGGAACAAAAUUCGGAGCUAAUGCUUGGAUUCAUAUGUACGUUUCAUUUCAUUGUUAUGUUGAUCUUCGUUUCUUUUCGUAAUUUGCUUCAAACGCAUAUCAUUUGCUAACAAGUAUCCCUUCAUCUGAAUGCAUACAAUACUAGGUAUGACUAUCAGCAUCCACAAGAGAAUGGAUGUAACUAAAUAUUCAUGUAAGAC